UUUCGCUGUCUUCAGCGACAUCUACAGUGGAGUUGCGCAAUGUACGAGCACCAUUCAUUUUACUCGCGAGUAUUUAGUCUGGGCUGACUGGGAUAGACGUGCGAAACAAUCCUCAGCAAUGGGUAAAGCCAGAGACGGUAGUUCCGAUGAGGAAGUUACAACAGGUCCCAUUUCAAAUUCGUUGCCUCAGAAGAGGCACAAAAAACACAAGCACAAGAAACAUAAAAAGAAAAAAUUAUCACAGGAAGUGGCAGAAAGUUAUAUGGAUAUUUCAGUAGAUUCGGAUCUAAAAAAAACUUUCAAAGUCAGACUGAAGAAAGAGGAAGAAAAAAGCCCUGAUAAAAUAAAGGACAAAGCCUUCAAAAUAACUAGUAUAAGUAUACCGAGUACAAGUGCAGGUUUACUGCAGAAAUCAGUAGCAAAAAAGAAAGUUAUAAAAACCAAUAAAGGUAAAGACAGUGGAACGAGUAGCGAAGAAGAAAGAUGGCUUGAUGCGAUUGAAUCUGGAAAACUGGAAGAGGUAGAUGACGAGCUCAAGAAAAUUAAACCCAAGGAUCCAAAAUUAAUGACAGCUAGACAGAGAGCAAUGUUUGAACGCAAGACAGAUACAGAACCCAAUUCUAGUAUAGAACAGUUAAUGUCUUUACCUACUGGUUAUAAAGAAAAAGUCAUGACAGCAGAAGCUAUUCAAAAAGCUGCUUUAAAAUCUUUGAAGCGUAAGCAACUUGCAGAUGAAAAAAGAGAAAAAGAUAAGAAAAAAACUAUGGAAAGGCUGUUGAAAAAGCAGGAGUCCAAAACAUCAAAAGUGAUUACCAAGGGCAAAGUAUCUAAGAGACAAGUUCCACUUAUCACAUACAAAGUGACUGCAGAAGGCAGUUCCAUCUCUUUACCUCCGGGAGAAUUAUUUCCAUUAAAGGCAGCAAAGAGCAUAGAACCACCUUCUCAAAUUCAAUGUGGAGUAUCUUCGUGUUCUAAUGUAAAAAAGUACUCUUGUUCAAAGACUGGAAUUCCGCUUUGUGGUUUAGACUGCUACAGGACAAACUUGGCAGGAAUCGUAUCAUAAGUGAAAACAAAAUUUAUUUAAUAAGUUAGCAACGUUUUCGAUCAAAAAGUAAACCUUUCCGUUUCUUGUUAAACUAAUCAAUGGUGGGUAAGUGUAUUGAAAUUUUGAAAUUCAUAUCAUGAGUAUAUAUGUACAAAUUACUUAACAUGUGAUCCUUAGCUCGCAUUAGUCACAGAAAGAGCGAAUACUAAGCGAGUGCAUUGUUGAAAUACGUAUAGAUAGAUAUCUCUAAAUAAAUCUAUAACUAUGUUCCUAUCUAUAACAAUGUAAAUAAAA